AUGGGUUGGUUCUGGGCUGAUUCGGAAGCGUCAAAUUCAACCACCAGCGGUUGUCCUGUUAACCACAAGGCUUUGGCCUCUUCCGGUGGUUCAUGUCCUGUCAAGCAUACCAAAAAGAAAGACACACAAGACCCCGUCCCAGCAGUUUGCCCUGUCGAUCAUAAAGGUAUUAACCCAUUGAACAACAUGCCGAAAUUCAUCUCUUCUGCAAAACUCCCUGGUCAAAAAUUGGAUUUGCCUACUGAAAGAACUAUUUCUACUAUUCCAAGAGGUGCCGAUGAUGGGGAAGGUUUUUGGGAAUAUCCAUCACCUCAACAGAUGUUAAAUGCUAUGGUGCGUAAGGGCAAAGAUGAGGGAGUCGAAGAGGAUGCCGUCGAAUCGAUGGUUGACGUUCAUAACUUUCUUAAUGAGGGCGCUUGGCAAGAAAUUCUUGAGUGGGAAAAACCAUACACCCACAAAGCUAAAAUACAACCUAGAUUGGCUAAAUUCACAGGUAGACCUGAUGAAAUGUCUCCUAGAGCUACUAUGUAUAUGUACUUGUCCAAAGUGUUGCCAACUUAUUUUGGUGAUAAUCCUCCAUUUGAUAGACAUGAUUGGACGGUAUUGCGAAGUGAAGGAAUUGAUUCGGAAACUGGCAGCAAUAAAUGGAAAGAGGUCCGUUACGUGAUUGACUAUUAUGGAGGCGCUGAUAGUGAAGAAGGUCAUCCAACUUUCUUUUUAGAUGUCAGACCUGCCUUGGACAAUCCACAGAAUGCAUGUGAUAGAUGGAAGAAGUGGAGUGGUCCUUGGAUCUCCAAAGCUUUAGGUAGAGAUGGUGAGAAAUAG